AGGCCCCGCCCCUUGCCCUGCGGCCCAAGCUCCCCCGGCCAACAUGGCGGCCUCCAGUGUAUCGUGUGGCGCUACCGUUUCCCACCGACUCUUUCUCUGCGGUAGAGUUCUCCUCGCCCCGAGACUAGGCCUAUGGAAAGCCGCGACUGCCGAGUUGCAGGCAAGUUUCCGAUCCCAGGUAUUAAGACUAAGACACACCUCGGCUGUACCAAAAAAGAAAAAUGCUGCUUCUCUAAGACGUGAGGCUUACACAAUGGAUUUUAUUAAAAAGCAGAUUGAAGAGUUCAACCUAGGAAAGAGACACUUAGCCAACAUGAUGGGAGAAGAUCCAGAAACUUUCACCCAAGAAGACAUUGAUAAAGCUAUCACUUACCUCUUCCCAAGUGGUUUGUUUGAGAAACGAGCGAGGCCCAUAAUGAAGCAUCCUGAACAGAUUUUCCCAAAACAGAGAGCAAUCCAGUGGGGAGAAGAUGGCCGUCCUUUUAAUUUCCUCUUUUAUACUGGGAAGCAGUCAUAUUAUUCAUUAAUGCAUGAAGUAUAUGGAAAGCUACUAGAUACAGAAGAACGGCAAAGCCAGUUGCAAUCCAAAGAUCUAUUUUCAGAAAGAACCAAACUCACAGACAUGAUUGGCAGCAGAUGGCUGAUUAAGGAGGAACUAGAAGAAAUGUUAGUGGAAAAAGUGUCGGAUCAAGAUUACGCACAGUUCAUCCGGCUGCUGGAAAGGUUAUCGAAAUUAACAUGCAGAGCCACCGAGGAAGAAUUUGUGCAGAGGUUUCGCAAGAACGUAACUAUUCAAUCAAAUAAACAGCUGAUUGAACCUGUGCAGUAUGACGAGCAGGGAAUGGCCUUCAGCACAAGUGAAGGUAAAAGGAAGAGUGCAAAAGCUGAAGUGAUUGUUUAUCAACACGGAAGUGGAAGAAUAAGUAUAAAUGGUACUGAUUAUCUGCAGUAUUUCCCAGUGAUACAAGACAGGGAACAGCUGAUGUUCCCCUUCCAGUUCCUUGACAGGCUUGGCAAGCAUGACAUGACCUGCACAGUCUCAGGGGGUGGGCGGUCAGUGCAGGCCGGAGCCAUCCGCCUGGCGACAGCAAAGGCCUUGUGCAGUUUUGUUUCCGAGGAGGAAGUCGAGUGGAUGCGGCAAGCUGGACUUCUAACUACUGAUCCACGCCUCAAGGAGCGGAACAAGCCGGGCCAAGAAGGCGCCCGCAGAAAGUUUACUUGGAACAAACGCUGAGCGCUUGUGGCCAGGAGGGGGAUGAGGCCUGUGUCGGUGGGCACAACACACACUUGCUGGCCUAUGUGAGGGACACUUGAUUUGUGAGAUGUAAAUGCUACUUUGUAAGCUCCCUUUCAAAAUAAAAGUGUUUGGCUU